CUUGUAAAAGUAAAAUGAAACUACUGCUAGUAUCAUGUUCCUGCUAAAGAAAGUGAUUCAGAGAUAGUAUUUGUACUAAACCAAAAGAUGCCGCUCUUAACGGUACAGUUAAUGAUAAAGCAAUUUAAAAAAUAAAACAAACGUAAUUACUAAAGCUGCUGUAAUAACCAAGAAGCUAAAUUUUACUGCUAUUCAAAAUCGUCAACAAUAGAUUUUUUACGGCUGUAAUAGUUGAUAUAUUUGUAGAGAAUUGCACGUGCCAUGGCUAUUUAUCGACUCAAAGCGAGUGCGGGGUAGUCAGAAAUCAGUUCGAGACACGCAACUGAAGCGUGCACAUUUAGCCGUGUCGAGACCAACUUUCUGUAAAGUGCACGGGUCAUCCUACCAUAGACUAUGGUUUAUAUAUCUUAUCAUCUUAAUCAACCCACCGAAAUACCCGGUCAAAACACAAUAAAUCCCAACCGCGUCAAACCACGUGUCGAGUUUUACCUAGAAAAAUGAAAGUAGACCGGAGACUGACGAUAGCGUCCGGAGAAUUAGCAGAAUUGAUUGGCUGAAACAACCGGAUGUUGACAGACAGUAUUGAAACGAAGAGCAUUAGGACAAUUUAAUAAUUUUAAUUUCUAAUUCUACGGACAACAGCUUAUUUGGUGUUGCCUUGUGAUUUAUAACAACACAUACAAUUUGUACAAGAUACAGUUGAUUUAAUCAAAUUCAACAAAUAUUAAGUAGAAGAAAUGGAAGGUUAUGUUGUUGGACAAGUGGCAGCAGUGUUAUCCAAGUCUGGAGAAAAAACCCAAAUAGACUCUAAAUUAAAUGCUCUCUUUACAGUUAAACCAAAACCGAAGAAGAAAUUAUUAGAGGAGUCUUUAGAGGUGCCAGAUCCACCCUUAAAAAAGAAAAAAGAUAAGAAAAAUGAUUCUAGUUUAAAGACAGACACCAAUGCAAGGAAAAACAAUAACAAAGCAGGUGAACCAGAAAGUUUUAAAAAAAAUAAGACCACUGAAAAUAUUCAAGGUAUUGAUGAAGAGGCAACUGAAACUGUACAUUGGAGUAAAUUAACUGGUGCUGCUCGACGUGUAGCAUUGAAAACACAAAAACCGAAACACAACACUAGUAAAGAUCAUCGAACAAUAUUUAUAGGUAAUUUACCUAUACGAUUAGCUGAUAAAAUGAAAUUAAAGAAACUGUUCAGUAAAUAUGGUGCUAUUGAAAAUUUGCGAUUCAGAUGUCCACCAACUAAAGACAUGACAACAUCUAAAAGAGUAGCUAUGAUAAAGAAAGAGUUUCAUCCUGAGAAGAAAAAUAUGAUUGCUUUUGUGUGUUAUAAAGAAGAAUUUUCAGCUGAAAAGGCAUUACAAAUGAAUGGUAAAGAGGUUGAUGGAUACCAUCUACGAGUGGAUAUAUCCACAAAUAAUUCAAAGUCAAAUCACAAUAAAUCUGUUUUUGUAGGAAACCUUCCAUUUGAUGUUAACGAAGAAGAUAUCAGAAAAAUGUUUCAAGUGUGUGGAGAUAUAGAAAAUAUUCGAAUAAUUCGUGAUAAUAAAACUGGGUUUGGAAAAGGUUUCUGCUAUGUUGUAUUUAAGACUAAAGAUUGUGUAGAAUUGGCAUUAAAACUUGAUGGAAAUGUAUUAAAUAAAAGGGAGUUAAGAGUAAAAAGAUGUAUGAGAGAGAGACCAGAAAAACACAAAUCAGAAAAAUCACAGCAUGAUCAACCAUGGAAAAAAUCUAAACAGGUCGGAGGUUAUAACAAAUCAUCAAAUACUGUUAACAAAAGUAGUUUUCAGGGCAUGAAGGCCAAGAAGAGUCUCAAAGAUAAAAUGAAGAAGAAAAAAAUACCAAGGAAUUUGAAAAAUUCUGCACAAAACUUUAAAAAACAUGUUGGUGACAAACAUUUUAAAGAAAAUCGUCAUGAUUCUGGCAAUAAAAAGGUAUUUGAAGGCGAUAAAAAGAAUAAGAAAGCAACAACUACAUCAAAAGGACAAAGACAGAAAAAUAAAUAAUACAGAAAUUAUUAUUUUUUUUUUUGUCCCUAUUUUGUAUAUGAUAAUGUAUUAAAGUGUUAAGAUAUUC